UUUACAUUUUUGUCUUUCAACAUUCAUUUCACUACGGCCAUAAAGUAAUUUACCAUCCAUUCGAUGUAACAUGUAAAUCAAAUUGUGAUAUUCGUUGUCACCUACAACUGUUGGAUAUUCGUCACCAUUCAUACAAACUUACGGAACUGAGAUGAGAAAAGACGAUGUUUCUUAAUCAGUAGGUUUCUGUUGAACGGUAAAUUGAUUUACCAGAACAGUGAUUUAGAAGAAUUUACUGUAGUGAAAUGUUCAUAAUGCCAAGGCUGAUAUAGUGAUUAGGCUAUGUCACAAGGACAACAUAUCAAGCGAGGCUGUGUGAAUGUCCUCAAAGUAGUCUAUGUGGGUGCGCGCACUCGCGCCCUUGGCGUGUGUGCAUGAGAAGCAGAGGAAUGGAGAAAGCACAUAACGCUUGGAGGAACUUUCUGUCUCCGAAUAUUCACGACAGUAGAAAUAAACAACAGUUCAGUCUGAUCUUACGCGGUGAUAAGUGAAUUUGCCUUUCGUAGUAUAUGUGAACUCUUGGAUGACUUUCCUCUGUUGCACAGCUGUGAGUUUGGCCAUCCAUUCCCAAGAUGCAUUUUUGGAUUGCUACCACACUGCUUGCUGUCACAUCUCUGAGUUUUGUUGAGAUGCUUGACAGAUAUGGUGAGAUCUGUAGAGAACUGUGUGACUGUGAAGAGAAAGAUGGGAGUCUGAGUGUCAGUUGUGAAAACAGAGGAAUAACCAGUCUAGCAGAGAUAACUCCGCUGCACUUUUCCACAUAUCAUCUACUGCUCACUGGAAACCUCCUUAAGAAACUGUCUUUCAAUGACUUUGUGUAUUAUGAGGGGGCCACCAUUUUGCAUUUAGGAAACAAUGACAUAUCAGAAGUGGAAACAGGGGCAUUUAAUGGACUGCAAGGAUUAAGAAGACUACAUCUUAACAAUAACAAAAUUGAUUCUUUAAGGGAGGACUUUUUUGUUGGUCUAGAACAACUGGAAUAUCUUCAGCUUGACUAUAACUACAUUUCUCAUAUUGAUGCCAGUGCCUUCAGCAAACUGCAUCAUCUGGAGGUUCUCAUUUUGAACGACAACUUGCUGUCUUCCCUGCCAACUAAUGUGUUUCAAUAUGUCCCCUUAACCCACCUUGACCUACGGGGAAAUCAGCUGAAACUGCUUCCAUACAAUGGUCUGUUAGAACACAUGAACAAGAUUGUGGAGUUGCAGUUAGAGGAAAACCCUUGGAAUUGUUCAUGUGAACUCAUCCCCCUCAAGGCUUGGCUGGAGAGUAUUUCCUACACGGCUCUGGUGGGAGAUGUGGUCUGCGAGACCCCGUUCCGGCUCCAUGGGAGGGAUCUGGAUGAGGUUUCUAAGCAGGAGUUGUGCCCCCGGAGAGCGAUUGCGGAGUAUGAGAUGCAUGCAGAGCCUGCCCGGAGCAGUGAAGCGUACUUUCAAACCACGCCAGCUUCUGUGGCAGCAUCUGUAACAUCAUCAGGAAUCUUACGGUCUUUAAGGCCUACUAAGGGCUCUCGUCAGUCAGGCAAAUUGAGAUCUAAACCCACCUCUCGACCAUCUCCUAAUAAACAAAACUAUGGACCGAUGGUGUCCUAUCAAACCAAAUCUCCUGUGCCUUUGGACUGUCCUACUGCAUGCAAUUGCAACCUUCAAAUAUCAGACCUAGGUCUGAAUGUGAACUGCCAAGAGAGAAAAAUUGAGAGCAUUGCUGAUCUAAAUCCUAAACCUUACAAUCCUAAAAAGAUGUAUCUGACUGGGAAUUACAUCCCAAUGGUGCAUAGAUCUGAUUUCACCGAGGCCGUGGGAUUGGAUUUGCUUCACUUGGGGAACAAUCGAAUCUCCAUCAUCCAUGACCGUUCUUUUCGGGAUUUAACAAAUUUGCGAAGGCUUUACUUGAACGGGAAUUUAAUAGAGCGCCUGACAGAGGACAUGUUCUAUGGGUUAGAGAGUCUUCAGUUCCUGUAUUUAGAAUACAACGUCAUUAGGGAAAUCAUGCCGGGUACCUUUGAGCAAGUCCCAAGUCUCCAGCUGCUCUUUCUCAAUAACAAUCUUCUCAAAACCCUACCGGAGGGAGUGUUUAAUGGAUUAACACUCUCUCGACUUAACCUGCGUAAUAAUCACUUCCGUAAUCUGCCGGUUGGUGGUGUGCUGGAUCAGUUGAAGUCACUGGUGCAGAUAGAUCUCUAUGAGAACCCGUGGGAUUGCUCGUGUAGCAUCGUGGAGAUGAAGCUCUGGUUGGAGCAGCUCAACACUGGUACCGUAGUGAACAGUGUGAUCUGCGAGUCCCCAGCGAGACUCUCUGGAGAGGAUAUGAGAUACAUCCAUGCUUCUCAUCUUUGCCCAAACAACUCAAUCCUUCAAGGUUCAGCGAUCCCACCGUCUGAAGAAUCUUUACCUGGCAGCACAAUCACCUUGGAGUCAUCUCUGGAUUAUGACACCCCAUAUAGCACAGUCCCCCUCUCCGUGCUCAUAUUAGCCCUGCUCAUGAUCUUCAUCAUGUCUGUGUUCAUCACGGCAGGACUGUUUGCCGUCGUGAGGCGGAGGCGGAAGAAGACCCAGAAUGUACAAGCAACAUCCAUAAGUGCAGACCUGAGCUCUUUCAACAGUUUGUACAGCAACAGAUCGGCGACCAAAGUCAAAUCCUCUGCGGGACAUUUGUACGAGUACAUUCCCCCUCCUGGUGAUCGCGCAGCUAAAAACUCCACCUACGCCAUUAAUGAGCACAGUACAAGUGAGGGAUUCAGAGACUUUGAUGAUCUGAAUGGAGCGUUCACUCCAAAUUCUGACGAUGAGUUGGCAAGCAAUGCUAGAAGCUCUGAGUACAGCGAUAGCACCCUUGACCCCCUUAACAAACCUACCCCCCUGCAAGACAACUUUUUUUACAGAGACAUUUUAGCACGGGACAAGCAGCUACCUUAUAGAGGUAGUCAACAUUGUAAGCACAGUGGUCAUUCUUCAACCCAAUACAACCAAGACUACGAUGUCAGGCCACAGUUUCUGCAAACAGACAACAGAGUGCCACAGACAAUGGUGUACUGCACAGCACCAGCAACCGUUUAUGUUGAACCCAAUAGAAGUGAAUAUUGGGAGUUGAAAGCCAAGCUCCAUUUCGAACCAGACUACCUUGAAGUCCACGAGAAACGGACAACAUUCACCCAGUUUUAAUCUUAUUAUUUAUCUUUUUAAUUUCUUGCUUUAAAAUAGCUCAUAUCAUUGUAAAUUCUUAAAACCUUGUACUUAUUGAUAUACUGACUGUUUACCACUCUCUAUAACCUAGGAUUUUGUAAGAGUGGAUCAACAUUUGUGCCAGUUAGUGGUCUAAGCCAUGCCUGAAAUACAGAAGUUUUAGCUGUAUUCACUGUACUCUUAUUAUAACUGAUGUCUCCAAAUAUGCAUCCCUGUGUUCUGCAUAUGAAUUGAAUAUUGAUGUGCAAUGCAAUUUCUUUACUGGAAUAUUAAUGUUUGCAGUUCAUAUUCAUUGGCAAUGUAUUCCCUCACAGAAAUUGCACUACUAUCUGUUAAAGUUAUCAGCGAUCAAUAUGAUGUCUGUUUUGUAGCAUUUACAUUGACAAUCUUUUAUACAAUUGUAUAUAAAUCCUUGCUGAUGCAAUUCCAGUGAAACAGUAAUACAGGUUACAGUGACAUUUCCUCCAGGCAUAUCAUUGGUGCGCAGACACACACCGACACACAUACACAGACGUGUAUUAUGAGCAUUACCACAUGAAAUUACAUCCAUCUUCCACAAUUCAUCUCUUUGGUUCGGUCAAAUUUGUUUUGUGCUGUGUGCAUUUGUGCGCAAGCGCGCGCGCGCGUGAGUGAGUGAGUGAGUGAGUGAGUGAGUGAGUGAG